AGAUUAAGAUUAGAUAAACGACACGGACGAAACGCAAUAAAGCAGAACUCGAAAACUGUUCAUUUUUCCUGAGGGCGCUGUACAGCAAACUUGUCCUUUGUCUUACACAGCAAGCAGGCAGGAGCUGUUGAUAUCAUUUGCUGCGCUUAUACAACUUGUUCAUAUUACGCGGUUACACCUGGACUGUUGUUAUAAGCAAUACACGCUAGCUGCAAAUGGACAUCGGUACGGUUGUUUGUUGUUUAUUAAGUGUUCCUAUAUGCGCGCUUUUGUUUGUUAUCUACAAACUUGGCUUACUUUACCAGCUGUUUCAUAAGACUGACAGAAAGAGCACUCGACAUGGAGGCGAGAGUGUAGCAGAGGUGCUGGACGCUCAUGGCAUCAAGUUCAUUUUCACGUUGGUCGGCGGACACAUCUCUCCUAUUCUGGUGGCAUGUGAGAAACUAGGGAUCCGUGUUGUGGACACACGUCAUGAGGCCACAGCAGUCUUUGCUGCUGAUGCAGUUGCAAGACUCUCUGGUACAGUAGGAGUGGCUGUAGUAACUGCAGGACCAGGUCUUACUAACACAGUUACAGCAGUGAAGAAUGCUCAGAUGGCUGAGUCACCUCUGCUUUUAAUGGGUGGAGCAUCUGCCACACUGCUGCAGGGUCGAGGUGCUUUGCAGGACAUUGACCAGAUGUCUAUAUUUAAGCCUCUCUGCAAGUUCUGUGCAUCUAUAAGAAAUGUAAGGGAAAUUGUGCCUACUGUACGUAAAGCGUUGGCUGUCGCUCAGUCUGGAACACCUGGUCCUGUAUUUAUCGAGUUUCCCAUUGACACGCUUUAUCCAUAUCAUCUGGUGGAGAAAGAGUUCUCUCCUAAAAACACUCCAAAAGGAAUUCCUGGCACAAUUAUUUCAUGGUAUCUGCGCAAUCAUCUAACAAAUCUUUUUGCUGGGGCAUGGGAGAUCCAAGAUCUUUCACCUCUUCCUGUGCAUGUACCUCAAGCUUCAGACCAGACAGUCCAAAUGUGUGUAGAGCUGGUGAGCAGAGCUAAAAAGCCAGUGAUUGUUUUAGGCAGCCAGGCGACACUGCCUCCAACACCCGUUAAUGAUGUCAGAAAAGCUUUGGAGUCUCUGGGCUUUCCCUGCUUUCUGGGUGGAAUGUCUCGAGGGAUGUUGGGAAAGGACAGUCCUCUUCAUAUCAGACAAAACAGGAGAGAUGCUUUGAAAAACGCAGAUUUGGUGCUGCUAGCAGGCACGGUGUGUGACUUCAGACUUGGUUAUGGCAGGGUGCUUAGCAGACAAAGUAAAAUCAUUGCAGUCAACAGGGACAAGACCCAGCUACUGAAGAACUCUGACAUGUUCUGGAAGCCCACAGUGGCUGUUCAAGGUGACGUAGGUUCCUUCCUGUUUCGUCUCUCUAAGGGAUUGGUUGGACACAAAUGUCCUGAAACAUGGAUUAACUCUCUAAAGGAGGCAGACAAGAUCAAAGAAAAGAAUAUCAGAGGCAAGGCAAGUGAAGUGAUGAAAAAACACCUGAACCCUUUAAGUGUUCUCCACCAUGUGGAUGAGCUCUUGCCAGAGGAAAGUAUUAUUGUUGCAGAUGGAGGAGACUUUGUGGGCAGUGCUGCUUACAUAAUGAGACCAAGAGGACCACUCUGUUGGCUGGAUCCAGGUGCUUUCGGGACCCUGGGUGUUGGAGGCGGCUUUGCGCUGGGAGCAAAGCUCUGCCGUCCUGACUCAGAGGUGUGGAUUAUUUAUGGCGAUGGCUCCUUGGGUUACAGUUUGUUAGAAUUCGAUACUUUCAACAGACACAAGAUACCUGUAAUUGCACUGGUGGGAAAUGAUGCCUGUUGGAGUCAGAUCUCCAGGGAACAAGUGCCUAUUCUUGGAAGCAAUGUAGCCUGUGGCCUUGCUUUUACAGAUUAUCAUGUUGCUGCCAAUGGCCUUGGUGGCAAAGGUUACCUGAUUGGGAAUAAAGAAGAGUCAGUUCUUGAGGACAUUGUGAAAGAGGCACAAGAGGAGUGUAGAGAGGGCACAGCUGUGCUGCUCAAUGUUUUAAUAGGAAAAACCAACUUUAGAGACGGGUCGAUUUCUGUGUAGUGAACGAUUGUUCAUUGUUCUCCUGCCUCCCUUGUUCACAUUUCAUUUGUUUGAUAUAAAAUGUAAAAGACAUAAUUGAUGGCUAAAUAACAGAAUGACACAAAUGUAACAAAAUUAAAAUAGCUUUAUUUUUUCUAUCUGAUAGAAUAGAAUACAAGCUUUAAAACUAGACUGAUUUUUAAAGAAACAUUUCUUCUAAGGGGUUGCACAUUUUAUUGCCAGAAAAUCAAAGACAUUUCUUUGACUGUAUUUCAGUUUUUAAACAACAAUGAAUUGUUUUCAGAUUUUUAAACCUUUAAGCACUAUGGUAAUUAUGUUUAUAUUUAUGUUUUUAUUAUUAGUUGAUUAUUUUAAAGUAUACUCUUUGGUAGCCAUAGUAAAACUAAUAAUUAAAUAUGUGUGGCUAUGAAAUUAAUGAAUGUAAAUGAACUUGCAGAUUGAAGUUAAGUGGUUAAUAAUUUCAAAGCCAAGGCAACUGUGAUAAAUGUCAUAACAUUAACAGUGUCUAUAAUGGAAAAUCAGCAAUGAUUUAAAAAAUAAAUAAGUGUUCAACCA